AUGAACAUUCAAUUAUUAUUUGAAGACGGGAAAGGUUCUGUUAUCGACAAAUAUGGCCGACCUGAACCAAUGAAUUAUACUAUUGAUGAGGAGCAAUUUCGUCUUGAAACAUUGAGCUCUCCUACACAAUAUUUCGCACAAUUUCCUCUGGAGAGUGAGAAUAAAGCAGAGAUAAUGCAGAUGAAAAAGGAGACAAAGGCUAGUCAAUCUGUCUAUCUCCCUAGUAGAACCAAGAAGCCUUCAAAUUUGUUCUAUCUCUUUGCAAAGACAUGGCUACUGGAUGUGCUUUCUUGGGUUCUCACCGUCUCUCACUUUAGAAAAUACACAACAAAAGCCGAACAUCAAGGCAGUAUGGAACCAGUGCUUCAGGACAACAACAAAAGCAAUGCUGAAUCUUCAAAAAGUUGGAAGCACAAUUUAUUUACAAUGAAACAAAGCAGUCUGCGCGUGUUGAAAACCAAUGCAGCAAAAAAAAACUUAUCACACGUCUAUAUCCUUGGACUGUGGGCCGCGACAUUAUUCAAAUGUGCAAUAAACUACCUAUUGAAGCCGAUGCGACGAUACUACAUCUGGAUUGUAACAUCCAUUUUCAUGAAAGAGAUACCCCCAUUCAGCCAACAGACGUUCCAGGAAAACAAAGUAUCUCAUCCUCGGCUGUUGAUAUUGGCCCACAUCCUCAUGCUCUGUUCACAGCAUGUAUCCCAGUUCUGCUCGCAUCCUGCCCCGCCAAAGCCGCAUGGAGGAGUUUAUUACAAUAAUGAAACACGAGACAAUGUCAAUUACGACACUUGUCCAAGCAUUUGUGAUAAUUUUUAA